AUGCCUUCAGAAGCAGCCCCUCAAGCCAAGAAAGCCAAAUCGCGAAGUCACCACGGGUGCUCUAAUUGCCGAAAGAGUCGGCUAAAGUGCGACGAACGAAAACCAGCCUGCACGCGAUGCUGGCAAAAGGAUCUGCCCUGCACACCUGACACCACCUUGAAGUGGGAAUCAGAUUUCCACAGUCGCGGCUUAGCCUUCGGUCGAGCCGGCAUAUGGUCCAAGGGCUCAUCUCCAAAAUCACGGCGCACGGUAGACAACAAUGUCUACUGUGCAUAUCCAGCCAUCCAGUCCUGGAGCUUCCUGGGCGGCGAUUACGCCACGUUGAAGCGGCUCUACGAGGCUGAUCAGCUAGGGACCGAACCAUACCUGCUCCCAGCUAGCAAUGUGGGACUGGGGAAUCAUGACCUCGGCGGGUCUCUGAUGGCUGGCAGACGGGUAUUAGAUUUAGGCCAGAUCGAUCGGUUGGCUACCCAGGGUCCUCAGCGAUCAUUGGCGUUAUUCCCGGAACUGGAUAGUCUGGGGCAUAGCUUAUUUUUUGACUACUAUAUUAAGCAUAUUUGUCCGCGGACGAUCUCCAGCCUUAAAUCGCAGUCGCCGUUUGCAACGGUUCUUCUGCCCUACUGUUCGACUGCGUCGCCGACGGUCUUGAAGGCUAUACAGGCCCUGGCGGCAUGUCACUGGUCUCAAACAAACUCGACUCAUCAAGCAGUUGGUCUGCGCUUGAAGAAUCAAGUCCUUAAUGACCUGCGUCACCUGAUCAAUAACCCUGCCUCCGUUAUGUCAGCGGACCCCGAGGUUCUCGUGAUUAUCAUGAUGUUAUGUUUGUAUGAGAUUGUGGAUCACUGCGACAAGCGAUGGAUUGUCCACAUGCAAGGCGCAAAGGACAUAAUCCGGCUGCGCCGCCAACGACUAAUCAGCUCGACAGCGCACCCUGUCUCUUCAUUCGCAGAACGGUUCUUCGCAUUUCAAGACGUGAUGGGGCGUACGGCGUGCGCGAAAGCAGAUCUGUUCGGGCCGUCGUACUGGCGUGAAAACGACCACAAGAUUGACGAGUGGAUGGGAUGCAGUCCCGAGUUGGUAUCGGUCCUCUUCUCUAUCAUGGACUUGAGUAAGACGCGGAGAGAGCUCGUAACCGACUCAGACCAUGUCACAUUCAACAUCAAAGCAUCAAUAUUAAAUCAAAGGCUAGGCAGUCUCGUUCAAGAGACAGAUGAUGCCGACGAAACUUUACGAACAGUGGCAGAACUCAAACAGCUAGCUUGUCGAGUGUAUCUGCAUUGCGCAUUAUACAAUGCAAGACCCUCGACACUACUAAUCAAAGUCCACGUCCGCAAGAUCCUCAAGACCGUAUCCCAGUUUCUGGACCAGGGCUUGGUGGUCAAUGUGACGUGGCCAGUCUUUGUGGCCGCGGUAGCGCUCGAUCCACUUGAUGAUGAGAUAUGGUCAGAUGAAGGCACCCCGACAUACGGUCGGACACUGGUCUUGCAAACUCUGGACGUCAUGACGAAAUAUAGCGUAUCCAGCGUGUCGCGCACGCGCAGAGUAAUUGAGAAAGUCUGGCAAGCACGAGAUUUCGACCUUCUUAAAGCAUCCGACAAAGGUAGUUCCUGCGCCCUGGGAUACAAUGACUGGGAAUGGUAUGUGGUGCCAGUGAGCGACGCGUUGAGUUUGGCCUGA